AUGAUGAACGGCUAUUCCCUUCGGUCCGCUUCCGCUCUCGCGCGCCGGUCCCUGGCGACCCCUCCUACCGUUGCCCUCCAAUCUUCCUCUUCUUCUUCUGUGGCUGCUGCUCGUCUGCUUUCAACUUCCUCUACCUCCUCCGCUCUCCCUAGCUCUCGGCGAUCAUUCUCUUCCGCCCUCCGUGUCCCUCGUCCCUCUCGUGUUGCCGCCUCUACUCGUUGGUCCGGAUCGACUCCCUCUCUGUACCUGAACCAAUCCCGCACCAUGGCCUCCGAAAGCACCAAGAUCAAGGUCAAGAACCCGGUGGUGGAGUUGGAUGGUGAUGAGUUGAUUCUGCCAUACCUGGACAUCGAUCUGAAGUACUACGACUUGGGUCUGGAGUACCGCGACGAGACCAACGACCAGGUCACGAUUGACGCCGCUGAGGCCAUCAAGAAGUAUGGUGUCGGUGUCAAGUGUGCCACCAUUACUCCCGACGAGGCCCGUGUGGAGGAGUUCAAGCUGAAGAAGAUGUGGUUGUCUCCCAACGGUACCAUUCGUAACAUUCUCGGCGGUACCGUUUUCCGCGAGCCCAUCAUCAUUCCUCGUAUUCCUCGUCUGGUGCCCGGCUGGAACAAGCCCAUCGUCAUUGGCCGUCACGCCUUCGGUGACCAAUACCGUGCCCAGGACCGUGUCAUCCCUGGACCCGGUAAGCUUGAGCUGGUCUACACCCCUGUCGGUGGCGAGCCCGAACGAGUGCAGGUCUACGACUUCUCGAGCGGCGGUGGUGUCGCUCAGUGCCAGUACAACACCGACGAGUCCAUCCGCGGAUUUGCCCACGCGUCCUUCCAGAUGGCUCUCAUGAAGGGUCUGCCUCUGUACAUGAGCACCAAGAACACCAUCCUCAAGCGGUACGACGGCCGCUUCAAGGAUAUCUUCCAGGAGAUCUUCGAGAAGGACUACAAGAAGGACUUUGACGCCAAGAAGAUCUGGUAUGAGCACCGUCUCAUCGACGACAUGGUCGCCCAGAUGAUCAAGUCCGAGGGUGGUUUUGUCAUGGCUCUGAAGAACUACGAUGGUGAUGUCCAGUCCGACAUUGUUGCCCAGGGCUUCGGCUCCCUGGGUCUGAUGACCUCCACCCUGGUCACCCCCACCGGCGAGGCCUUUGAGUCCGAGGCUGCUCACGGUACCGUCACCCGUCACUACCGCGAACACCAAAAGGGCCGUGAGACCUCAACCAACCCCAUCGCUUCCAUCUUCGCCUGGACUCGCGGUCUGGUCCAGCGUGGUAAGCUCGAUAACACUCCCGACGUUGUCGCCUUCGCCGAGGAGCUCGAGCGUGCCUGCGUGGAGGUGGUCAACGAUGAGGGUAUCAUGACCAAGGAUCUUGCUCUGGCCUGUGGCCGCAAGGACCGUGAGGCCUGGGUCACUACCAACGAGUACAUGAACGCCGUUGAGCGCCGUCUGAAGGCCAACCUCAAGGCUCGUCUGUAG